AGUUGUCGCAAAUCAGUUGACUGUAUGUAGAUCGUGCGAUCAACACGUCUAUCGCAAUGUGGACUGUUCGAAUUAUCGUGACUGUCUUUGCUUUUUAUGAAGUCGUUGUUUCAGAUGCCUUGUCGACUGGGUAUCUAGUUCUUGGAUCCAUUGUGACUGGUGAUGUAUAUGAAAACUUUCUUGCAUUACCGAUCGAGGUAGUGGAGGGCAACACAACCAUCAAUACAACACGUAGACAGUCUAUGUUUUUAAAUACAAAACCAAUGUCCAUCGAUGUUGAUUACGCUCGAAAACAGCUGUAUAUUUAUAACGAGUACACGGCGUCUCUUGAAAUGCUUAAUUUUGAUCCCGAGACCGGUCUUCAGAAUUUACCAUUAAAGUCUCUGCAUUCCGGACUUUCUAGAGGAUACGUGACGAUAGCUUUGGAUUGGAUUUCAAACAACCUUUACUGGACAGAUCCAAUAUUCAGAUGGGUCGCAGUGCAGUCUUUGCAAACUAAUGGACAUUAUCGAAUCCUGGUUUAUGAUAACAUCGAGAGGCCUACUGGGAUUGCUGUAGAUCCGAUUCACAAAUAUAUGUUUUGGAGCGAUGUCGGAUCAUAUGCGAAGAUUGAGCGUUCCAGUCUCACCGGAAAUGGUCGUAAAACCAUAAUAUCUCCCGGCAAAAAUGCUCAACCGAUAGCCCUUGAUGUCGACAUUGCAUCAUCGAAGCUGUACUGGGUUGAUAAUUUGCGCGAUACCGUGGAGCGAUCAAAUUUAGAUGGAAAAGAACGCUCGACUAUCAGAAAAGAAUACUUGCAGGACAAUGCAUUUUUUGAUAUAGCAGUAUUACGCGACGUUGUGUAUGCACUAGAAUUGUCGUCAAGCACAGGUGGAAAAGUGCACCUUUUUAACAAGGAUACUGGCGUAAGCCACGCCAAGUCUAUCGAAUCAAAAUAUUCGGGAAUUACAUGUGUGACUUUAUUUGCACCACAACCUACAAUAACAGAUUACUGUUCAAACAUUCCAUGUGAGAGUAUUUGUGUGAGCGAAACGACAGGACCCGAAUGUUUGUGUCGUGAGGGGUUUACGUUGAAUGCCGAUGGACGCACAUGUUCAGAGACUACAGGUCUUCUUCACCGUGCCCUGGUCUGGGCUACAGCUACCACAGUAUGUGCUGCUGAUAUAACAGGGAUCCAUGACGAAUUGAAAUACAUAGCGACUAACAAGACAUGUUUCCCGAAUCUUGGGUCGAAUCUAAAUUGGCUUACAGUCGAUUCACACGAUCAAACGAUUAUAUUUGCGGAUGGCAGUGAUAUCUAUAAAGUGGCAUUAGAUGACGUCCACACGAAGCAACGUAUUGCAUCAGCAACGGAAAACGUGACAGGUCUAGCAGUAGAUUGGGGAAGCAAAGAUGUUUACUGGUGCCAAGGAAAACCUGGAACAGGGAAAAUAAAAGUUUUAUCUCAAACAACAACGAACAUGCAUACGCUCAUUUCAAGCGGAUUGAAUAAUCCGAAGGCACUGAACGUUAUUCCGUGGCAAAGUAAAAUGAUAUGGAUACAAGGAAGAUCAGGAAGCUAUCAGAUCAAGAUGGCCCAUAUGCAAGGGACCUAUAUUCAGACUAUUGUAGACUGGAAGUUCUUGUUCGAACCUCGAGACCUUACUGUUGAUGCAACAACCGAACUAGUGUAUUUUAUUGACGGACAAGAUUUAAGAUCAGUUAAGUUAGAUGGGACACAACUGACAACAAUAGAUGGCGGAGCUUCAAAGUCGAUUUUGCCUCUAAAACUUCAUUCAUACAAGAAUCACCUCCUUGUGGCAGACUCAGGCGUCAACCUGGAUGUCGUGUCUCUGAUGGAGACAUCAAGCAACUCUUACACUCUGACUACCCUCGUAGCUGUUACUGAUAUAGGUGUUUUUGAUAUCACCGAACAGCCAAAAGAGAAAGGUGCCUGCGAUGCUGAUAAUGGAUUCUGUCAGCACAUCUGUAUUCCACUUGGUCGAGAGAGAAUAUGUCAGUGCCGUUUUGGUUACGUACUUGAUGACAACAAGGAAACAUGUUCAUCAGAACCACUGUCGGACAAUUUUAUGUAUGUUUCGGAUUGGUACAAUGAUGAAAUAUAUCAAGUUUCUCUAAUAAAUGACGCUGUAAACGCCCUUGAUAUUAAGCACAUCGAUUCCCCUACUGGCGUACUUUACAACUCAAUUACGAAAAGAAUAAUAUGGAUACAGACCUCAUCAACAAAAAUUCAUUCUGCAAAUGCCAACGGUACGGGAUAUUCAGAGGUAUUUGAUGUUGCUAGCGCUGAACCUCAUCGCCUGGCACUUGACUACAGUACAGGGGACAUUUUCUACACCGCUGAAGGAUCAAACACAUUGCCGACGAAGUUCACCGGAAUCGGAGUUGUGUCGCCUAAUGGUAUUCAUAGAAAAGUGAUCUUGGAAGGUGUUAAACCGAGGGCUAUUGCCAUUGAACCUGUUAAAGGAUUUCUGUUUUGGACCGACUAUGGAACUUCAGUAUUGAUGCGCGCCAACACAGACGGCACCAAUAUUGUAACACUGUAUACAUCACUGGAAUCGCCUAACGGGAUUGCCAUUGACAUAUCGGCAAGUACAUUGUACGUUGCCGAUGGUGGCACAACGAACAUAAUAUACCGCUGUGGAUAUGAGGCAAACACUUGUGUUCAGUACUUUAAAGAUACUGAAGUGCGUCUCCGGGACAUACAACUUCUCGGCAACUAUCUCUAUUACACUGCUUGGAAUAAAGUAUCCAUCACAAAAUUGCACAAAACAAACACAAACGACACCGCUCAGAUUGCAAACAAUGCAGAAUUCGGCAGAUUGAACUGCAUUUCUUUGCACUCUUCAAAAUUUUUCCAAAUAAAUGUUGGCGUUUUAAAAGACCCUUCUCCAACUUCUGGCAUUGGAGACUUUACGAGCAACACUGACACAUAUUCCUCCUCCAAAAUCAUGUACAUUGGAGCUGGAGUUGGUGGAACUAUAGCAAUUGUCAUUAUUGUCGUCGUCAUCGUUAUCGUUUUCAUAAAGUGCGGAAGAAAGAAACCACAGACUAGUGCACGGUACGAAGAGAAUCCACAGCAUGCCCAUGCAAACGCGGCACUUGAGCAAAGUUCUAUGUUUGAGGGAGGAGCUGUAACUUUACGAACGCACGACGAAAAGCCCUACUCAAUGCCCGAUAAUCUCGGAGGCGUAUCUCAUAACUCGGGCAGACUCACCAUCGAUGAGACGAUCGAUCCUAUCAAGCACUGCCCAACCAAUGAUGCACCUCAUCCACCUACUAAAUGGCGAAAAAUGCCUCGAAACUGUGAGCUUUCAGAUGUGUAUUCAACACCAUCUAAGGAGAGAAGAUCAGUUUUGAAUUCGUCUGACCAAUGCUAGUAGAAUGGAAGUAGUUCCACGCAUUUGUACUGGGAGCGUUGAGACCCAAACAGGACAAGUGUUCAAUAUUCACAUUGAGACUAAAAAAGGAAACGAGUUGAAUGUACAUAUGUUUAGCUUCAGUUAUUGACAUGGACACCGUGUCCUUUCUUUUUUGUGUCUGCAAACAAUCGUUUUACUGGCUCCACUGCACCACUGUAGAUUUAGACAAUUAAACAAUAAAAUAAGUUUAUAUAUGUUUGUUGAAACAAUUUGGUUCAUAAGAGUAUGUAGGUAAUAAUUUACAUAACAUCAUUAAUAAGUUGUAUCGUAGUAUGUUCACAGUUGUCCACUAUUAUUACUCGAAACACUGGGUUUAAGAACUGACUUUUUUGUUCUAUGUUAUCAAGUUUUAAUGCAGUAAAACGUAUUCGCACAAGUGUAGUUUUAAUAUGCAACUUACUUUCAUAUAGUUUAUAAUAAACUUAAAAAAAAAUAAUCGAACAUACUUUUUCGUCUACCAUUUUAACAUUUUAGAAGGAUUCGUUAAAAAUAACUAUAUUGUCAAUUAUGAGACGUACAUAUUGGUCAUAUCAUCAAUAUAUGUACCAAUUGUCAGCAUUCAUACAAAAGAAUAAAUAGAGUCAUAAUCAUAUGCUAGCUAUCAACAUUUUAAGUUAAGGAAUGUAUUACUACAAUUCAAUAUCCCUGUUUUAGGCGUCCCGUUGAUGUGUAUAGGCUUAAUAUUCACUGUUUCAUCAAAUACAAACCAUAUAUAGGGCACGCUGAAACGUUUCCUUAUUAUGUAUAAAACUUUUCAUGGUACGUAUUUAAAAGAUGAACGACCCCAAAAUCACAUAUUUAUGGAAUGUAUGCAGUGUAGAAAUACACAUUAAAAACUGACGACUCUUAGCUUCAAAUGCCGCUGCAUACGUUUUAUUAUACAAAUAAUUAUACUGUGCAAUAUUUAUAAAACGUAUUUAUCAUUUAACACUAUGGGUACCAUCGUUUAUAAUCACUUUGUUAACUGCAUUAUGUGUAGUGUAUUAAUAUUGCUGUUUAUAUAUUGUAUAUACAAAUUGUUAAUAAAACUAAUAUCUUAGAAUAAUUCACUCAUAUGGUUUUAUAUAUAACGUACGUAUACAGAGUUACUAAACCAUAACUAGACCGACGUUUAGCAUUCAGUUUCUCCACACACUAAAUUGUAUUUGUAGACGUUAUCGACGUACGGAGCAUGUUUUUUUAUAUCUACUAUGAUAACUUUUUGAAGUCAAUAACUUCUUAUUUUAUUUAAUUAUUUUUUAUCAUUAUCACUGUGCUUUACGUUUGUAGCAUACCUGUUGAAAAUAAACUCUUAAACUGUA